AUGCACGACAAAUCAACAGAAGCAAAAGCCAAUGCAACAGACCCACUGCAGGAGCAAAUGACAACGUUUUCCUAUUACUACACUGGCCUGGGAUGUGUCUCAUUGCUUUGUGCCUACGUUCAGAUAUCACUGUGGACUCUGGCCGCUGGCCGGCAGAUUAAGAAGAUCAGGCAGAAUUUUUUCCAUGCGGUGCUGAGGCAGGAAAUUAGUUGGUUUGAUGUCAAUGAUUCAGGAGAAUUGAAUACGAGGCUGACGGAAGACAUCUCCAAGAUUAAUGAGGGCAUCGGUGACAAGAUGGCUAUGCUGUUUCAGUAUUCAGCUACUUUCCUGGCCGGUUUUAUCGUUGCGUUUGUUAAGGGCUGGAAGCUGACUCUUGUUAUUUUGGCAGUCAGCCCAAUCCUGGGGCUCUCUGCUGCUCUCUGGUCAAAGGUAUUGGCAGCAUUCACCAGCCAGGAGCUAGAAGCUUAUGCCAAAGCUGGAUCGGUGGCCGAGGAGGUCCUCGCAGCGAUUCGGACUGUCAUAGCCUUUGGGGGGCAAAAUAAAGAAAUAGAAAGGUAUGAAAGGAACUUAGAAGAUGCAAAGAAAAUAGGAAUCAAAAAGGCGAUCACAGCAAAUUUUUUCUUUGGGUUUUCCUACCUAACAAUAUAUUCUGCGUACGCACUGGCCUUCUGGUAUGGGACCACCCUUGUCAUCGAUGAAAACUAUUCAGUUGGAGACAUUCUAACAAUAUUUCUUGCCGUCACUGUUGCUUCCUUCAGCUUCGGCCAUGCAGCUAACAGUAUAGAAGCCUUCGCCACUGCGAGAGGUGCAGCGUACACAAUAUUCAGCAUUAUUGAUACUGAGCCCAAAAUUGACAGUUUUUCUACAGCAGGAUUUAAACCUGAGAAGAUAAAAGGAGACAUAGAAUUCAGAAAUGUAAAGUUUACUUACCCAUCCAGACCGGAUAUCCAGGUCUUGAAAGGUUUGGACCUGAAGAUUCAUAGUGGUCAAUCGGUGGCUCUAGUAGGGAGCAGUGGUUGUGGUAAGAGUACAGCAGUCCAGCUCAUUCAGAGGUUCUAUGAUCCGGAAGCUGGCUUGAUCACAAUUGAUGGACAAGACAUCCGUAGCCUCAAUGUCCGAUAUCUAAGAGAAGUGAUCGGUGUGGUAAGUCAGGAACCGGUUCUCUUUGAUACCACGAUCGCUGAGAAUAUCCGUUUUGGCCGAGAAGAUGUCUCAAUGCAGGAAAUAGAACAGGCCACCAAGAAGUCCAAUGCCUACAGCUUCAUCAUGGAGUUUCCAGACAAAUUUGACACCCUGGUGGGAGAGAGAGGAGCGCAGCUGAGUGGAGGCCAGAAGCAGAGGAUCGCUAUCGCACGGGCACUGGUUCGCGACCCCAAAAUUCUCCUCCUUGAUGAGGCCACUUCUGCGCUGGACUCUGAGAGUGAAGCGGUUGUCCAGGCAGCCCUGGAUAAGGCCAGGGAGGGCCGGACCACCAUCAUCGUCGCCCAUCGUUUGUCUACAAUCAGAAAUGUGGACAGUAUUGCUGGAAUCGACAAUGGAGUAAUUGCUGAGCAGGGAAGUCACAGCGAACUCAUGAAAAGGAAAGGGAUCUACUACAAACUGGUCACCAUGCAGACUGUGGAGGGUCAGGGUGACAACGAAGACCGAAAAAGUCAGGCAAAUGAAACCUUAUCAGAUAUGAAUAACACAUUGGCCAAGUUAGUGCGGAGACUGUCAAGACGACACAGCUUCAAGAAAACAUUAGCAAGACAAGACAAGGAAGAGGAUGAGAAGAAUAAAUAUGUGAAUGAAGAGCCUCCUCCAGUUUCAUUUUUCAAGGUCCUGAAGCUGAAUAAAUCCGAAUGGCCGUACUUUGUGGUGGGACUCAUCUGCGCAAUAAUCAACGGUGGCACCAGACCCGCCUUUUCCAUUAUAUUUUCCAGGAUUAUCGGAGUAUUCGCAGGGCAGGCCGAUGAGAUCAGGUCCAGAAGUAACAUGUUUUCUUUGCUCUUUUUGGGACUUGGAGUAUUGUUUUUUAUCACCAUUUCCCUUCAGGGAUACACCUUUGGAAAAGCUGGGGAGAUCCUAACAAAGAGAAUAAGACUUCUGACUUUCAAAGCAAUUUUGAGACAGGAAAUUGGCUGGUUUGAUGACAGUAGGAACAGCACUGGGGCUUUAGCCACAAGACUGGCAACUGACGCUUCCCAGGUCCAAGGGGCAACAGGAGCCAGGCUGUCACUGCUUGCCCAGAACACUGCAAACAUGGGCACUGCCAUUAUUAUAUCUCUUAUCUAUGGCUGGCAGCUGACCCUUCUGAUGCUGGUAAUCGUACCAGUCGUGGUAAUUUCUUCCAUUAUCAGAAUGAAAGUAUUCAUUGGGCAUGCAAAGAAAGACAAAGCUGAUUUGGAAGUAGCGGGGAAAGUUGCCAUUGACGCUGUUAAAAAUAUUCGUACAGUUGUUUCUUUAACCCGGGAGAAGAAAUUUGAGGCCAUUUAUGAAAAGACCCUGGAGGGACCCUACAGGAAUUCUAUAAGGAACGCACACAUGCAAGGCUUCACCUAUGGGCUGUCCCAGGCAAUCAUGUUUUUUGCAUAUGCUGGAAAUUUCCGGUUUGGGGCGUAUCUAGUGGCAGAAGGUCACAUGACUUUUGAUAACGUGUUUCUGGUGUUUGUGGCCAUUGUAUAUGGGGCAAUGUUUUUGGGUCAGACCAGUUCCUUUGCUCCAGACUACGCUAAGGCUAAAUUGUCAGCGGCUCAUAUAUUCCACCUGCUGGAGAAGAAGCCCCUUAUAGACAGUUACAGCACCGAUGGGAAUAAACCUGCAAAAUGUGAAGGCAACGUCAUGUUCAGAGGAGUUCACUUUCAUUACCCGACCAGACCAGAGGCGUCAGUGCUGCAGGGACUGGACAUCAGCGUGGGGAAAGGUGAAACCCUGGCACUAGUGGGCAGCAGCGGAUGCGGGAAAAGUACUACUGUCCAGCUCCUGGAGAGAUUCUACGACCCACAUGACGGACAAGUGAGUGUAGAUGGCUGUGAUGUGAGGAGCGUGAACAUCCAGUGGCUCCGAGCCCAGAUGGGCAUCGUGUCCCAGGAGCCCAUGUUGUUUGACUGCAGCAUAGCGGAGAACAUUGCCUAUGGAGAUAACAGCAGGACGGUGCCACAAGAAGAGAUUGAACGAGCAGCCAUUGCAGCCAAUAUCCAGAGCUUCAUUGAAACACUCCCGGAUAAAUACAAUACCUGCGUUGGAGAUAAGGGCAACCAGCUCUCCGGGGGUCAGAAGCAGCGGAUCGCCAUAGCCCGUGCUCUUGUGCGUCAACCCAAAAUCCUGCUUCUGGAUGAGGCCACAUCAGCUCUGGAUACAGAGAGCGAAAAGGUUGUACAAGAAGCUCUGGACAAAGCGCGGGAGGGCCGCACGUGUAUUGUGAUUGCCCACCGGCUCUCUACCAUUCAGAAUGCAGAUAAAAUAGCUGUGAUCCAGAAUGGGAGAGUCGUGGAACAGGGGACACAUCAACAGCUGCUGCAGCAGAAAGGGGUCUAUCACUCACUAGUAACAAUACAGCUCGGAUCCACAUGAGGUGGAGACAGAGGAAAAGGUUGUUUACGGAUUUGGAUGUCCUGAGAAUGGUCGAAAUACAACACUCCUAAGGGAAGCGCGUUAUGGAAAUGUUGCCUGUGUUCCACAUACAUGGUUAAGAGGGAUACGGAGAGGGGGGAAGACACCUGUGUCAGUCCUGGUACAGGUUACAGCAGAGCUGAAGGGAUUUGUGUGAUUAUGGGAAUAGUCAACAAGUAGGAGGUGGUAUCUCUGCCUUGAGGCCUAGCUAUAAGGGAACACAUUUCAGCACCAACCACAAUGUCUCUCACCCUCCCUUCUGUCAGACCUCUGAGCAAAAGUCUUGUACACUCUUUCACUGCCAGUAUACUCGCGUAGAAUCUGAUGUAGAGAAAUGCUGCCAGCUCUGUUGUUGCAUUUUAUUGUGUUAUCUGUAUCUGACAUCUGUAACUGUGUACACCUGAUGCAAAGGAUUUGUUUUACACUCUAUAUUAAUGGCAAAUGACAAAAACAAGUCUCUCAAUUACCAAUUAAGUGGUGCAGAUGUGGCAAUCAUUUACAUUUGUAUUACUGUCUCUAUAGCAAUUGUCACAGUGACCUCUUCAAUUUUUACAUUGGCUUUAAAAUCUAAAUAUACAUUGCCUAUGGCCUAAUCGGGAUGAAGUCAGAGCUUAGUGCUUAGGGCCCGAUUCAGUGUAUGCUAGUGUCACCGCCGCAGCUGCUGUGUGAUAAUAUGCAAAUGACACAGCCACCUGGAUUUAUAUUAAGACCAGCGUACUAAGACAUUGGUGGCAGAUUAGUGGAUUAUCUGGCUUCUGAGUAGCCCUAUGGUCACACAGCGUGGCCGCUGGAAGUGAGACACUUGAGCCACUGUUAUUGCGUACAUGAUCACAUAAACAGGCUGAUAUAUGCCCCGACACGCGACACGCCUGCAUUAUUUGCCACCAAUUCCCAUAAUUGCCCCCAAAUAGUCCCAGACUGUCAAUCACUUAGCAAAUAAAUCCUCACUGCAUCCUCCAUCGCACGACCACCGCGACACAUGCGCACUGCGACCUAGAUGUGUGCGUAGUCGGACGAUUAUCUGCAAAUACAUCAGGUUUGUGUACAUCUCUGAAUCAGACCUUUAUUGCCUAAAACAAAAGAAACUGUAAUUCUUACAGAUCAUGGCUGAGUCCUAACAUUGGGGAUUAAUUUGUUACCACUCAUGGAUAUUCAGUAUUUGGGAAAGAUGGAUCUAAGGACCAGAUUCAAUUCAAAUACUGCAUCUUACUGUAUUCAGAAUCUGCUUGCGCCUCCAUUCUGUCUGCAGAAUCCUGCUUCUAUAGUUUAUGUGUGGAAACAGCAGGAAUGUGCCCUGGCAGCAUCUGCGCUUAAUCAUAUCUGCCCCUAAGAAAGGAAAUGGAGGGAGGGGAAUCUUAUUCUAAGUAUAAUAAGAUUCCCUGCAAUAACUCUUAUGCUCCUUCUAAAUCCAUGCUGUGGAGACCACGGAUGGUGUUGUUUUAUUGGUAUUCAUGUUCUGCAGCCUCUUCUUUGGUUUUUCCUUGGUUGGAACGUCAGUUGUGGGAAUCGUCUGUCUGAAGCAGUCUUCCUAUUCACGCCUAAUGGAAAUCAGUGUAGAAGGAAACACAAUCAGCUGAAUGGUGCUUUAUUCUUUAAUUUGGAAAAUUUAAUUUUGAUGCUCAGGUGCUGGGACACUGGAGCUAAACUAGUCUCACUCUAUUUAUCAGGAAGAGUCUGUGUCAGAGGAAGAGUCUGUGUCAGAGGAAGAGUCUGUGUUAGCCUCUGGCUCCAGCUUCAGCCACCUAGAUGUUACUAGUGGGGUCCCACAAUGGUCCUGACCUGGGGCCAUUAUGGUUUUCCAUAUCCACUGCAAAUAUGAACAGUGUGUAAAUCAUCAUCUAUUCAUAUCCGCACUGGUGACACUAUCCUGUCUCCACACAACUCCAGCUUUUCGGAUCCCCACAUCAUACUACUCUCCUGAAGCGGCCAGGAGAUUCCUGAAUGUUGAGUGGCGCUCCCAGCCACCUAGAAGGGCAUUCAAGUCUCCUGGAGUUGCGCUGCAUAUACCAGAUUCCCGAGUAAAGUGGGUGGUCUGGGUGGCCUUUUACGUGAUUUGCGCAUUACCCUUUUAUGCAGCGACCCGCCCUCGUUGCGCAGCCCUGUCUGUCACUUCUCAGAGGGGCAGCCAAAAAGUUGGCAAGAAUGUCUUACUGCAAUCUGAUCUCUCCCGUGUGGAACGUGGGAUAACUACUUCUGGCUGUGAACACUAAUAGAAAAUGAUCCUUGUUAGUUCGCACAAACGGUUUAACUUGCACUUACACCAAAUGUAUUAAAGCAAAAUCUGAUGCAGAGCCUGAUUAAGACCCUUUGAGGCCCUGAGUAAUAUACUCGUAUAGGGGGCCCGUUUACACUGUAUUUGGUAAAGAAAAUAACACAAAUGGAUUACAGUAAUCCAGGCCCCUCAGUGCUGGUUGGGCCUUAGGCAGGAGCCUAGGUUGGAUGAUCCAGCUCUGUUCUCACAUCAUAUCCAAAUAUAAAUACUAGGCUAUAUGGCAUGAGCUUCAUUUGGUUUACAUAUAGACAACCUGACAUCUAUAAUGAACUGCACACUGGGGUUACUCUAUAGGAAGAAAUCCGGCCUAAUUCUGCACUGCACAGAUGCUAAUGUAAUUAUAGUCUAUGCGGGUGUUGCUUAUGGAACUGCCCCUCUAAUACACCACAGCAAGCUUUAUACUUCAGUCUGCCAUCUUGUGUGUUACUACAAAACACAUCAAUAGGUUUCCAUUUUGGGAUUCUAGAUUUGUUCCCUUUGUCUGUUUCUCCAUCAGAUACAUUUUGGUCUUACCCCUGUAACUAUAAACAUUUACCACAUAAGAUCUACUUCCAGAUACCUGCUAAUGUUUCCUAAAUUCAGUGUGCAGCUGAGAUGCUCUAUCUUCCCCUAAUGAGUCCCCAUAUGUGGAGCAACUUACCUGGGACAUUUAAAUCUGACGCCUGUCUGACACCUUUCAAAGCUUCCUUCAUUUGCCACUGUAAACGUGUUUGUGAUUGUCAUGCUUAAUGUCUUUUCUCUGUAAUAGGGUUGCGGCUGUUUAUUUACAGAACAUAAUUGACAGGUUACGCUCAAUGUAUUUAUUCCUGGUAAAAUUCUUAAAGUAAAAUAAAAUUAUUAUUUUUUUACAAA